CUGAACUCCAAAAAUUUGGCGCCUCUUUUGACCCUCACCACCUCUACCUCUGGGCACAAGGCACAGACUUAAAAACUGCAGCUUCCGCCCUCCCCACAAUGUUGUGCAAGGCAACACAACAGGUUCCAAGAACCCGAAUCGCUCAUUCGCCCCUUUUUGUUCCUUUCUUUGAUCCUUUCCUACAUUCUACCUUGAAAUAACGUACGACUUGCUGCGACGCUAUGAACCGGUUUGCUGCCGACACAUUCCUUUCCCCCAGUGGCCCACGCACACCACUCGGUCAGUCUCCCUCAACAAGCAACGCCGAGUCCGCGUGUCACACACCGUCAUCCUGGGCGGCCGACUCCUCUCUCUACACUGCACCAUCCAACCAACCAUCGCUUAUUCAACCUAAUAAAACACAAGAAAUCAGUCCGGGCACAAGCAUCAGCACCUUUCAAGCCCCCCCAAAUCUUCAUCGUGCUCCCACUUUCCCCACGUCUGCCCCGCGACAAAACACACCUCAAUCGCCAACCAAGAAAGACUGGGAUCGUCUAAAACCCGAGAUUAUUUCGCUCUACCGAGAUCAUGGCAAAUCGCCCAGCGCUAUAAGAGCAAUAUUGAUCAGAGACCACGCCAUUGAUGCAAGUCCUCGGCAAAUAAGCUACCGUCUUCAAAAGUGUUGGAAUAUCCCGCUAAAUACAAAGACAAACAAGCAUUCCAGCGCGGUGCCGCACUCGCUCCGACAAACAGCACAAGGCAAUGAGGCAGCCAUUUCCCUGGGCGGGAAGCUUGUCCCAGUGGAAAGAACCAACAGCCUCCAGAGUAGCACAGGUGGCUGCAUGACGAGCAACAGCCUUCCGGGCAUCACCAAUGAUACUCCUUCCAUGUCUGUCGUUGGAAUUGCAUCGGAGCAGGAGCAGCAAACGACGCAGAGCUCAUGUCCUGAUCCACUACAUCCCAAUGCGUCAUGGAUACUAUCAGAAUUCGAAGGCACUUUUGACGAGCAGUUACUGGCUGCAACUCACAUCCCAUACACUUCACAGCCGCCCAUGUCUGAGCCAUUCACAUCAAUGUAUAACUUCCCCCCUGGCAUGACUGCCAACGGCACCUCGGAUGCAACAGAAGCACAAGACCACUAUGGCCUUGGUGCUAGCUCGAGCAUCGAUAGUAUUGAGGAAAAAAACUUCAAAGCUAAAUUCCCUUCGGACGAGCUGCGCAAAGCAAUCGAUGCCGAGGACAACAACCGCUUUAAAGCUCUUGUGCGGCUUGUCAUACAGGAAGACGAACAGCGCAAUUAUACCAAAAAGUUGGCGAUGCUUGCACAAAAGGAGUUGACACCUCUUGUGCUUAGCAUUAUACAGUGCGGCAAUGCUGGACUAUUCAAAUUCUUAGCCAACCGCGAAAUGAUUGACUUACAGCAGAGCAAGGACAUAUACUUCAUGGUGGCUCUUGUUAAUGGGCAGUAUACAAUGGUGCGCGACAUUAUCAAGCGCCAUAGGCUCAAUCUGCUAGAUCUGGACAAAAUUUUUCAUCAGGCCCCUCACAUUCGCAAGGCAUAUGAUACGCAGGGCCGAGGGGCCGUGAAUUUUGUCUUUGAUCAGGUUUUUAAACUACAUCUCAAAUCUCCGAAUAACGUGUCCGCCGUGCAUAUUGCUACAGCACUACUCCUCGACGAAAAGGUCUAUGAGCUGGUCGCCCGUGGGUCAAAAAUCAACGCGACAAUGGCCAACAAGCAGACGGCGCUGCACAUACUCUCUGUUCAAGACUUUAGCCAGCAUUGUGAACGGGCCACUCGCAUUGCCAAACUGCUCCUAGGUCACGGUUCAAUUAUCAACAACGUGGACGCAGCCGGGAAUACUUGCUUACAUACGGCAGCCUCACAAUACUACUCCAGCUGGACACCGGCCUUUAUUGAGAUGCUUGUCCACUAUGGAAUUAAUUUGAAUGUACGUAACAACGCUAAUCAAACGGCGUUGGAGUUAAUGGCGCUCAACCUCCCGCCGGACAAGACGACGUUGAAACUGAGGCGACGUAUUGCGCUUAAAGCAGCCGAGUCCCAGUGACAAGGUCUUUUUCUCCCUUUCUUCUUUGGGGAGUUCCAAUUGUUUUUUUCUUUUUCUAUUAAUUUUACAUUCUACAUCGGGCGUGGGCAUGGCUGUGAAUCCGGCUGCCUGACUGGUCUCAAGAAAGCGGGAGUGUAGAGCGACAAGAGGAUUAAAAAGCGACGAUAUGAUGAGAUACGGAUUGUGACGGGAAACAGCAUAUACACACGACAGGGUUUUGUUUUUUUAUACUAGACACUUUCUUUUUGUUUAAAAUAGAUUUCUUUCCAUUGAUUUCUUUUGAUUAACUCAUUUUCAAACGUCUUUUAUACGCU